AUGUACACAGACAUUGUCAACGCGUUCAACGCCACGCUGUGCUCGAUGAAAGCGAACGAGGGAACGGUGUUUCUGCGGAUCAAACUGCUGAAUAUAAGUCAUCCGAUUUUCGAAAACGCCGAAUUCGAAAAGUACUUUAAUGUCACGUUUAUCGAGUUUUUGUAUCGGGAUCGGCAUGAGAAUAACAUGAAACGUAUGAUUCAAUGCAACGCCGAUUGUCAGGAGAAAAUGUUUUACUCUCCGAGUUUUGAGGUAAAUUUUGAGGUGUAGAGGUGAUGAAGUUUCAGAAACACACAUCCUUCUUUGGUCUCGAGGCUGGGAAUGAGGAGUAUUUUGGAUUUGGAAUGCAUGCAAUCAGCUAUCCCUUUUAUAACAGGGCCUUCCCACCAGCUUUGACCUAUUCCAACUUUGCUUUUGCCUUUCGGAAAUUUUGA